AUGGGUCUCAAAUCUUCCGACACUUGUGAUACUGGCAAUCCGUCCAUCGGCUUUUUGAACUUCAACCUGCAGCCAUCUACAUGCCCAAAACCAACAACAGCGUUCGAGAUCGAUCAGGUCAAGGUCGCUGACUAUGCAAACCAAGUCAAGAAGAGAUUGGGUAACUGCUCAUCUGUACUCGAAUGGGUUCGUAAAUGGAACGAUACAGUCGGUAAUUAUGCAGCGCACCUCUUCGGCUCUCCCACAGACACUUUUGGCGAGAAGCACCACGACGCUGUCAUGGCGGCAUACAACUUCAUCUACUCGACCAUCUUAGACGAUGGUGAUCUGACAACUCACGUAGCCAACUUGUUGAAACCUCAUACAGAGCUGGCCAAAUACAGACACGAUAUCGAGCCCAUCAUCCAUUUGCCUCAGGCAUUCGGGGGAUUAGGUGUGAAGAGCCCGUUCUUCACUCUCAUACUCGCAGUAAACACCCAAGAGCCCAUCUCCAUCCAGUUGCAGGAGUAUCACUCACUCGAGGAUGAGUACUACAGAAAAAAACUAGCGGAAUACCUCAGACGCUCACCUCUGGAGCAAAAAAUGAAAGCACAGGCCAUACUCAAGGAUGACCAGUCAGAAAUAACCUCCGUGUUUGGCCUUCCCCCCUGUAGCAAUCUUGAACCUGCCAUGAUCCCAUUCAUGACCAAGGAGGAACUGUUCAAACACCGCGACCGCACAAGCUACGGCGAAACCAACUUGGAUAGCGGCUGGAAUAGUCCAAGUGUGGAACUCGCGUGCCUGCACCGCCAACUCAUUGAAAAGUUCGUUAAUCGCGUCGACGGCUCUCUAAAAGUGACGAGGAAUCUAGGUCAGCUUGAUGGCAAGGGUUGGAGAAGGUCUUGGAGUCGGAUGCGUUCAGAGGACCAGUGGGUGAUGCAGAUGUAUAGCGAUGACUGCUUUGAGCGGUAUGGCACUUUGGAUAUUUGGUGGUCGGAUGGCGUGCCGGUUGAGGUGUACAAUGAGGUUAGGGGUUACCAGUGGGAUUAUGAUGAUGAUCAUGACGGUAGUAGUAACAUGACUGACGAACGAUGA